AUGUUAAGAGUUGCAGAGGAUGCUAGAAUGGAACAGGAAGACUUGGUUUCUCCAAAUGGAGAAAUGACCAGUUGGGAUAUUAAUGACAUCAAGCUGCCCAAGGACGUGAAACAAACAGAUUGGUUUCAGGAAUGGCCAGAUUCCUACGUAAAAUACAUCUAUAGUGCUGAUGAUAAAAAUGCUCAGAGGCACCUGAGUAGCUGGGCAAUGAGGAAUACCAACAAUCACAACUCGCGCAUCUUGAAGAAGUCCUGCCUUGGAGUGGUGGUCUGCAGCAAUGAUUGUUCAUCCCUUGAUGGGAGGAAGAUGUAUCUGAGACCAGCCAUAUGCGAUAAAGCCAGGCAAAAACAGCAAAGGAAAUCCUGUCCUAACUGCAAUGGGUCUUUGAAGCUUAUUCCCUGUCGAGGCCAUGGCGGAUACCCUGUAACCAACUUCUGGAGACAUGAAGGGCCAUUCAUAUUUUUUCAGUCAAAGGGGGCUCAUGAUCACCCAAGGCCAGAAACAAAAUCAGAAGCGGAAGCAAGAAGAUCGAUACAAAAAGCACAUACAGCUGUUCCACCCACUUCUCCGAGACUUAAACGGAGCAGAGAAACUGAGUCCCUAACAGCUGAGAUGCAAAGCCAGGACACAUUACCAUUAAUUGUUUCCAAACAGGAAGACUUCAUGUCACACAACAGCUUCAGUGGACCAUUCAGAGACAAAAUCCCGCAAGAGCUGGUGCUAAGUAAUUGUAUGUCACUUGCCAAAGGCUACAGUUUUGGGAAAUCAUCUUAUCUAAUACAGCAGACUCAGGACAUGGAUGGCAACAGAUACAUGGGCAAGUACAAACAGAUUGGAAGCAGGGGGGACUCUGACAGCAGAGACCCAGUGGAAGCGCUGUCCCUUGCAUAUUCCGAAUACCAAGAGCAGCAAACCUGGAAUAAGAGCAUGGACCUAGGAAGAAAUCCACUGGUCGACAAAUAUUGCAAUGACUCUGCUACGUUCCUUGCAGGUCUGCACUGCGAAACACUUGCUUCCAUACAUGCUGCUGUUGACGUCGACAUCCAACAUGCUCCUCAUCAUAUUCCACCUACAGUAAAGGUUGGCUACCCCUCCUUAAAGUCUAAUGUAGGCAUGCUAGGAGAAGAGCUGUGUGAAGGAAAAGCUCUCCUGAGUUAUAACAGCCAUGUUCCUUCCUCCUUUCGUCAGCUCCCUCCUGAAGAUCCCUCCCUCAUGGCAGACUCUGCUCAUCACUAUUACCAGAAUUCCUUGCCUAUGAAAGGCAAUGAAUGGCACACUGAAGAUGAAAGGAAAUACCUGAACUUGGAUCACUGCAACAAUGAGAUGUUUUUUAACCCUUUACGAUGA